GCGGUGCUGUUCUGGAUCUCACACACACACCCCUACGUCCUUCACAAAUGGUUGUCCAGGUGAAUUCUCGAACUCGCCAAAGCAGCAAAGCGAUGGACGGAAACCAGCAGAAAGUGGAGGCCAAUGUUGUGCUACUUGGAGCCGAAAAUGUCGGAAAGUCAGCACUUGUAGUGCGUUUCCUGACUAGAAGAUUCAUUGGCGAAUACGGCGACAUAGAGUCCAUAUACAGCCACUGUGACAAGAUUGACGGUCGUGAUGUUUGCUUCAACAUCUGGGACUCGUUUUGUCCACAGAAUGGAAAAGAAGCGGGACACAUCAGCGAUAGGCAGCUUCAGUGGGCAGACGGCUUUAUUUUAGUGUACAGCAUCUGUGACCGAGAGAGUUUCAAGGUAGCGCGGCAACAGGUGCAACGUCUCCGACAAGCAAAGGCUAAAUUAUCCAGCACAGCUCCAGUUAUCAUCGUGGGGAAUAAGAGAGACCUCCAACACCGGCGAGCGGUGUCCAGCGAAGAAGGGCGGCUUCUUGCGCUCUCCGCGGACUGUGGAUUUUUUGAAAUAUCCGCUGCUGAGACGUACCACGGUGUGCUGAUGGUAUUUCACGAACUGCUCGACCUUAUACGCGAGGCAAGAGCGCUCAAGAAGGGUGCUGCCGGACUCAAAGGGAUUGUGAGGAGCAUGUCCGCGGUUUUUGGGAGGAAGCGGACGGAGUAAGAACAUUUUUCUUUCCGAAAGAAGAAUUAUUUGCUACCCUUUUAAGAAUCCAUAUUGGACCAAGACUGUGUGGAGGGGACACGGUUGAUCUUUACGCCUGUACGGUUGUAUUUGGAUGUUCCACCAAUGUUCGACUUCAGAUGUUUUGGGGAGACGCAUGCGGUGUUUUGAACCAUGAGACUAGUGUGUUAAUGUGUCUUUCAAAUUAAGAUACACAUUCAUACUGACUGAGGAGGCUUUUCAAAAAUGUUUCUUUUUUGACUAUGCAAAAUAAUUGCUCUCAGACAUACUUGGUAAUAACUGUGACAGAAGUAGGAGCUUUAGUUAGAAACUCUUGAUUUAUCAACGUAUAGGCCUAUGGGUAGUUCCAUCUCUUAAAAUUUUAAUAUUCUUUAGAAACUCAGGACAUAUUGAUUCAGACAGGCUCAAAACUGUUGCCUUCAAACUGCUUUGAACAAGAGGACCUCACUUAAAUCUUUUUUUUUUUUUUUUUUACCUGCCAGGUACUAAUUGUUGUAUAUCAAUAGUUGAGGUGUGUGUG